CACAAGAAUGAAGACUCAAGGGAAUGAGGUUGCCUUUCUUUAGUCGCAACGCACCACCAUUUUCACAAUAUUCUUGCUAUUCUUCUUCUUGUUGUUGUUGUUGGUGGUGGUGGUGUUGCUACUGCCUUCCUCCUUUGAUUGGCUGCUUCAAAACGGUCUCCAUUACUGCCACCACAACCUUUUCCGUCAAAACUAGCCUCCCCUCCUCCCCUGCGACCACCCCACUUGUCAUCUCUUCUUAUUUCUUUCUGUUGUGGUGCAUCAGAAUUUGAUGAUUUGUUUUGAAAUUUGAAUACAAGAAAGGUUAGAGAGAGAGAGAAAAUGACAAGGGAAAGGAGAUCAAGAAGGAUAUCAAGAAUAGGGAGUUAUGCAAUAUCAUCAUCAAUGUCAAUGAGAGAUCAUCGGCAACAACCUUGUAUAACUUGUACAACGUUUAACAUUCUUGCACCUAUCUAUAAACGUCUUAACAUUAACAAUGAUAAGGAUCAGAAUUCACGUGAAAGUGAUUACAGGGCCUAUUGGCUUGUCAGAAACCAGAGGAUUUUGGAUUCCUUGUUGCGUGAAAGAUCUUCCAUAAUUUGUCUUCAGGAAUUUUGGUUGGGAAAUGAAGAGUUGGUCAACAUGUAUGAGAAGAGAUUAGGUGAUGCAGGCUAUCUCAAUUUCAAGCUUGCACGAACCAACAACCGUGGUGAUGGCCUACUGAUCGCUGUGCGCAAGGACUAUUUCAGAGUUAUUAACCAUAGGGAAUUGUUGUUCAAUGAUUGCGGGGAUCGAGUUGCUCAGUUGUUACAUGUUGAAUUAGCUGCUCCUUGUUCACCAUGCCGGAACAAUGACACUCGCCAAGAAAUUCUCAUUGUCAAUACCCACUUGUUAUUUCCUCAUGAUUCAAGUUUGUCUCUUGUGAGAUUGAAUCAGGUCUACAAAAUCCUGCAGUAUGUGGAAUCUUAUCAGAAAGAAAACAAGCUUAGCCCAACGCCUAUUAUGCUUUGCGGUGACUGGAAUGGGAGCAAACGGGGGCAUGUUUACAAGUUCCUCAGGUCACAAGGCUUUGUAUCAUCAUAUGAUACUGCUCAUCAGUACACUGAUGCAGAUGCUCACAAGUGGGUUAGCCACCUUAAUCAUCGUGGAAAUAUUUGUGGCGUGGAUUUUAUAUGGCUUCUUAAUCCCAAUAGAUACCGCAAGCUACUAAAAACAAGUUGGAGUGAAGCAGUAUUUGGCAUGUUCAAGUAUCUGCUACGGAGAGCUUCCCUGACAGAAGAAGAUGCCUUUGCCUUUCUAAAGGCUGAUAGUGAUAGUGACUGCAUUACCUACUCAGGCUUCUGUGAAGCUCUUCAACAGCUUAACUUAACCGGCCACUGUUAUGGACUUAGCGACGAAGAAACAAAGGAUUUGUGGGUGCAGGCAGACAUUGAUGGGAAUGGUGUUCUUGAUUAUAAAGAAUUUCAGCAGCGAAUUUGGAAUCCUACAUGGUCAGAGGAGAAAGAUGAUGAAAUCCAAGACGAUAAUCUUAAGGGUAGAGAAGAGCAAACAAUUGGUUUCAGUGUGGAGAAUGCUGUUCUCUUCCCUCCUGAAGUAGAGAAAGGAAUGUGGCCUGAGAACUACUCUCUUUCAGAUCAUGCCCGACUAACGGUGGUGUUCUCACCAAUAAGAAUGCCAUGCUCACAAUUGAUAUCAUGACCAGUCCUUGAAAGCAAACUAGGCACAAGACUUUAGAACAGAAUGAACGAGCACAGCAUGAGGGGCCGCAAACAGGUUGUCACGAGAGGGUUGCUAAAACAGGCACAAGAAUUAUCCAGUGAGAGGCUUUGAAUUCUCUUUCAGUUUUUUUCUCCAAAUGUAAUAGAGUAGCCUUUAGAAUGUCAAAGUUGAGAGGGUGACAUGUUGCAGCAAACUCUCCAAUGGACUUGCUUUUGAAUAUUCAAGGACUCCUGUUGGGAACCGAUGGACUGGACUAGCUGUGCCAGUCUCCUUGUUGGAUUCCAGGUUCUGCUUCAUCUGUUUGCUCCUUGACAAUGAAAUAGGAACAAGGUGAAGAAGAAGUGAAUAAACGAAAGAGAGCAUCGGUGGAAAUUUACUCUUGUGGAUAGAAGACUAGAAGUAGGCAGGCAUCACCUUUUGUAGCUUUUGGUGAGGGCAACAGCAGAGUGCUUCAAGCAUUUUGGCCGUAUUUAGGAUGUAGGCAUAAAAGAAUCUUCUUAUAAUAGAGUUUUGCCCUGCCUGACUCUGUAAUAUGCUGUUAUAAAUACAAGUGGUGAUAGUAAUUCAUCAAAUUGUAGAGAAAAAAACCUCAGAAUCUAAUCCAUAUUUUUAUCUGUUUUCCUUUAUAA